GCUAGCGAUGGGAUGGCGGCGCUGGGGAGCAUGCUGGACCUGUCGCUGCUCAAAUUCCAGGAGCGCGACCAGCUGGUGGAGGUGUUGCAGCGCUGGCGCACCACCCAGCCGUACGACAUGGUGAAGGCGUGGGACGCACGAGCCCGGCAGUGGUACGGCGAGCGGUACGACUUCCGGCGCAACCUGGUGGACUGGGACUAUCACAUGCGGCUGCAGCCCGCCGGCACCCCCGGCCAGGACCCCGCGCUGGGCUCCAUCAUCCACUUCCACCACUUCCGCCACUGGCGCAUGCACGGAGUGGCGCACGAGCUGCGCGACUCGCACUACAACCAACCCAACCGCUCGCUGCUCAGCACCGCGUACGGCAGGACACGGGAGUUCAAGGACCGCUCCCUGCGCGACGUGGGCCGCGCGGUAUCCGCGUGGGGCUUCUGGGCCGACUCCCUGAACGGCCCCUACCACUGCUUCGGAGUGCUGGCGGAGGAGGCGGGGCUGUACCGGGCGGCCAACAAGCAGUUCGCGCGCACCGCCGUGGACGUGGCGGAACAUAAUGUGGCGUCGCUGCUGCACGAGCUGCGCCACGGCGAGCCGCUGCGACUGACCCCUGGGUCGGAGGCCCCUCGCGCCCGGGUGGCCCGCGGACCCACCUCCCUGGAGGACCUGCAGCAGCAGGCGGCCGCGCAGGGGCAGCAGCAGGAACAGCAGGAACAGGCGGCCGGCGAUGCAGCCCAGGCGCCGGGAGCAGCAGCAGCAGAGGCAGGGCCAGCAGCUGGGGCAUCAGCAGCAGCAACACCAGCGGGCGCCACUGCAGGCCCAGGUCCUGGCGGUGCUGGCAGGGCUCACGAUGAGCCCUCCGCUGGCCAGGGGUGCCAAUCUCCCAGCUGCACAGCGCGUCAGGAGCGGGCGGGCGAGACGGGGGCGGGGCCGGGGGAACAGCAGGCGGAGGGCAGCGGGGGUGCAGGGGGCGGUGCGGGUGCCGCCACCCCGUCACCCUCGUCCUCGUCCCCCUCAGCGCCCCCGCAGCUGCCUCUGCCCACCUACUCCUCAGGCGGGCGGGCGCAGGUGGCCAAAGCCAUGGCAGCAGCGGCGGGGGCGGGGGCGGCAGAGGGUGGCACAGGGGCGGCGGUGGGCGGGCAGGAAGGGAGUGGGGCUAACGCGGCACGGCAGAAGAUGGCUGAGGAGGAGGCGGCUCUGCGCGCGGAGGAGGCGGCGCUGGACUCGGCGGCACAGCAGCGCGCCACUCGCUUCCGGCUGCAGCUGGUGACCGGGGACCUGACCCGAGUGGUGACGGGGCGCCCCAAGUACGCGGGCUGCUUCGCCGCCCUGUCUCUGGGCCACCGGCACAUGCACCUGCUGGCGGGGGAGGCGGGGCUGCUGCGCGCGGCGGCGCCGGGGGCGCUGCUGAUUGCCGAGAACGCGAGGCACGUGCUGCAACUCAACAAGGAGCAGGCUGCUGCGUUCGCUGCCAAGAUGGAUGAGAUGGCGGUGGCGGGUGGCUGGCGUAAAUCCCCCGGCCGGCCUGCGGGCGUUACAGAGGCCAGCGAGGUGUACGUCAAGCCGCGAGCUGGGGGGCAAUAGCAGCAGAGGGAUGCAAAAGGGAUGCACGAGGAGGAGAUGGGGAGGAGGGGCGUACGGUAGACUUGUGAGCACGGAAUUUGCCCCUGAAGGAACGCUGUGAUGAUGUAAACAGCUGCGCAGUAUUACUACCGUUAAUAAGGGUGCGCCAGCCAGACGACCAUGCGCUGGAAUGUGCGCAUAGAACCACACGGACCCGCCUCCUGGCCAAACACCCGCACGUGAACAAAUCGGUAGGACCCACCAGACACAACCUCUAUAUGUGGAAGGUGCCUGCUUGCACGGACGCGCGUGCUGGGAGGCGCUGCGGGCAUAAGCCCCUCGGUGACAGGGGGAUAUGUUAAAUCAGAUUGAUACCA